AUGCCCCAGAAAUCACAGUGGUCGGUCGACAUUCCCAUCGUGUCGUUCCCGUCUUUGGUGUUGGGAUCUCCCGACGCACAGCUGUCCGACCAACCGUGCUAUUUGGACGCCGAGCAGCCGGAGGCCUUGCGAGUCACUCGCGCCGAGUUUGCAUUAUGGGCGAGAAGAGUCGCGGCCGGCCUGAUACAGGCGGGAUUGCGACCGAAGGAUCGCGUCCUGGUGUAUUCGGGCAACAACGUCUUCUACCCCGUGGUGUUCAUGGGCGUGAUUAUGGCCGGUGGCAUCGUCACCACAGCCAACCCGGCAUUUGUGGCGCGUGAAUUGGCAUACCAACUCCAGGACAGCGGCACCAAGUUCCUCCUGGUCGCCGAAGGCAGCCUUCCCACGGCUCUGGACGCUGCCAAGAUGGUCAAUUUCAAGACGACAGACAUGUUCAUCUUCGACGACAUGCCUCUUGUGGAUCCGGGUCGCGCCCAAGGCAAGAGCGCCGUCCGUCACUGGAAACACUUGAUCGCAACCCCUGAGGCGGGCGCCGCAUUUCGGUGGGACGAUGGCAAGUCACCAGAGUUUGUUCAGAGGACGGUCGCCAUCCUCUACUCGUCGGGCACCACGGGCGUUCCCAAGGGUGUCGAGCUCAGUCACUACAGCUUGACGGCCAACAUCCGGCAGCUCGACUACAUGUUCAACCUGGAUCCCCGCUUCAAGGCGGACGAAAACAACUCUCGGAAUCAACGCAUGUUCUGUCCGCUGCCGAUGUAUCAUUCUCUCGGUCUGCUCUUCUAUUCGGGGCUGGCGCUGUACCGACAUAUACCCGUCUACAUUCUAAAGAAGUACAGCCUGCCCGCAAUGCUGAAAGCCAUCCAAGAUCACCGCAUCACCGAGUUGACCCUGGUGCCGCCCAUGGUCCUUGCCAUGGCCAAGAGCCCCGAGUCACGGAAAUAUGAUCUCUCUAGCGUCCUCAAAGUUCAGGCCGGCGCCGCGCCCAUGUCGCGAGAGACUUGUGUAGAGUUCGAGAGGCUAUGGUCGAAUGGACAGGUGAAUGUGAAACAGGCCUGGGGAAUGACCGAAACCCCGACGACGGUCCUACAUUGGGAUGAACGCGAUAUCUCGACCACCCAGGCGGUCGGUGAGCCCGUGCCCAACUGCGAAGUCAAACUCAUGGCCGACGACGAAAUCCACGAAGUCCCAUUCGGGCAACGAGGCGAGCUCUGGGUGCGCGCCCCACAGGCCAUGAAGGGAUAUUGGAACAAGCCGGAAGCCACACGGGAGAUGAUCACUGCUGAUGGCUGGCUGAAGACGGGAGAUAUUGCCUCACAAGACAAGGAGGGCAAAUACUGGAUCGUGGACAGGAAGAAGGAAUUGAUCAAGGUCAAGGGCAACCAAGUCGCCCCGGCCGAGCUGGAGGCAUUGCUCUUGGAGCACCCCGACAUUCAAGAUGGCGCUGUAAUCGGCCUCAAAGUGGGCGAGGAUGAAAAGCCUUACGCAUACGUCGUGCGGAAACCAGGCAACCGGCUCUCGACAGACGACAUCCUGGCUUUCAUGAAAGAAAGAACGGCGCGUGUCAAGUGGCUCUACGGCGCCGAAUUCAUAGACAGCAUCCCCAAAAACCCGUCUGGCAAGAUCCUUCGUCGGCAAUUGCGGGAGUUUGCAGCCUCUCAGAAGAGCGGAGAUGCGAAUGCCUCGGAUGCGAGACCGAAGGCGAAGUUGUAG